GAGGCGCUCCAGUGCCAGUGCGGAGCAAGCAGCUGUGAGCUGCGCUCACCUUGCUGGGACACCUUUUUUGACUUCCACUGGCUGCACGCUGCCUGGGAAGGAUUGUGGGACACCCUGAAGCCGCGCAAUGGUGAUGUUAUAGGCCAGAAGCCGGAGAUGGGAUGGAAUCGGGACUAGGUCUGGAAGAAAGUGGCCAAAACCAGCUGUGGGGAACCAUAGCCUCCCUGCUUAGCUCCAGAUCCUGAGGUUCUCCUGAUGUUCGGUGUUUUUGUCCCUUUUUCCUCUACUGGGUCAGGGUUGGUUCUGGGUUCCCUGUAUCCAGUCCCCACUGUGACAUUCCUGCCCCACAAUGCCAUCUUGCGUGGCCCCAGGCGCUGCCUCAUCUACAGCAGUGCGGGGAGACCCAUGGGCGGGGGUUUGGAAAGACCCUGAUUCAGGUAUGGGUUGGAGCUGGGUGCAGCUGGAUGUGCUAUGUUCCUGGUCUCAUUCAUUUUAGUAGCAGAUGUAGAGGAUCUGACUUUUCAAAUGUCUGUGAUGCAGGGUCUCAUACCAUAACUCCUCUCUCGCCCAAUGAAUUCCUAAAUUUUCAAAAUUUCUCCGUAUUGUCAAAGUUAUAAUAGGUGUUGAUAAGUGCUACAAAAAUCCAAACGAAAAAUGUUAAAAUUGCAGAUGAUGUGACUUAGGGGCACUGUUUACUAAGCAGGUAGUGAAAUCCUGCUCUCAAUGAUACAAUAAAAUAAGGCUCGUGUUCUCCCCACAUUGUGGAAUGAGGUCAUGAACCAAAAACAGGAUGUUAGGAGAAUUUUUUUGGAAAUAAGUGUAGCUCACUGACUCCUUGGAUGCAUCCUGAGUAGGUGCCAUGUGGCUGCUGAAUCCAGAGCAUAUUACAGAUAAUGAGCACAGGAACUGCUCAAUUGUUUAAUGGCAACAUGUAUUUUUUAACUGACCCAUUGGAACUUAUACUCUUACAUCCUUUUUACCAUGUAAGUUUUAUAGAAAUCUGGAAUUACACAGAAAUGCAGGUUAUUUUGCACUUUAAAUUCCUGGAAAAUCAGGAGUUUAGCAGAGUGGCUGCAACUCCCUGUAGUAGGGAAGGGGCUGCUUUCCAGGUGGAACUGAAGGAGUAGAUUCUUGGUUCCCUGGCUGUAGAUAACUGUUAUUAUAACGCUAAUCAAUAUGGCUUAUUUUCCAACUGUCUCAGGCUGUUUUCCCUUACUAGGUGCCUUAUGCAUAAGGUAACUCAGUAAAACAUUUUUUGCAUUAGGCUAUUUAAAUGUGACCUUCCAGAGAGUAUAGAAUGCUUAGGACAAGGGGGAAGAGGUGAAUUAUUACCAAAGGAGGGGAAGGGGUUCUUGCUAAGGAACCUCUCUGAAAGAGCUGCCUAUUAAAUCCAAGUUGAGAAACUUAAUUAGGCUCUCUACAUGGUCAUGUGAGUGAUGCUAGUAGUAGUGGAAAGGAAACGGGGGCUUUUGUUUCUGAAAUACUUGCUACAGUUCUUGGACUGCGCCUACACAUUGUUUUGAAUUUGAGAUGUUGAUUGAAAUGGGCUUCCUGUGAAGCCAGCAUCGAAGUAGAGAUAAAUUCCCAUAGUUAGGGUCCACAGGUGCGUGAAGGAACAGGAAUGAAUAGUUUUUUGAAUAGGGAGGAGCAUGUGGACUUGCUUUGAAAUCUGUUUCUUUAAAUUGUUUCCCUAUGAACUGUUUUGUUCUGUUUUGACAUGUUUAAUCUGACCCUCUUUAAGAUAAAAAACAAGUGUGUAGGACUGAUAACCAUAUUACUAACUUUUUGUUGGAUCAUUGAGCAGAACUGUUUGCAGUGUCAUUAUUUGAAUAUCACUUUGUAUGCUUUAAUUUUGUAACUUGAACAACUAUUUCUAAGAUGACAAUAUAUAACUUAUCAACUAGUGAUUUCUUACUGUUUGUUUUUCUGAAAUUCUGUAUUAUUUCUACCCUUUUUUUCUGGGUUUUUUUUUUCUCUUUAAAAGAAAAGAAUAGGAGCAAAGGAGAGUGAAAAGGACAUGGAAGAACAGGUACUUGUUGGAGGAAGGUGAAAUCAGCAACAACUGUGAACUCCUUCAGGUUGUUGUCAGAUUGUUCUUCGGGGACAGUAAUGGAAGGAUUGUGUGAACUUCCUUUGGGUCAGUUAUGGUUUUUUCACUUUCAAAUUCAAGUAGCAGUCAUAGAUUCAUUCUUUCAACUCUUCAAAAGACUUUCAUAGAACAUGACAUUCAUCAGAUUGUAUCCUGUUUGGAAUGCUGUAUUAAUGUUUCUCCAGACCAGCUCAACCAGAAGAUAGUAUGAGGACUAUUUUGCAAAGGGAAGAUUACUUGGGGAAUUUUUUUGGCUUAUCUGUGUAUUUGCUUGCGUUGCUCUGACUUUGUUGUUGUUGUUUUACAGUCCCCCAGUGUAGUCGUACUUUGGGUUACGUUACCAGGACAAGGGUAUUGUAUUGACCUUUUCAAUGAAGACACUGGUGGAACCGUUUGAAUGCAAGACACCAACCACAUGCAAAGCUAAAGAGAAAACACUCCAUUUCUAGUUCUAAUUUAUGCUGAUUCUGGAAAUACUUCUAGCUGCUUUAUCUUGCAUCAGCCUCUGCCUUCGGUACUGGGUUCUUUAUUCCUAUAACCCCCUUCCAUUUCCAUCACCUUAAUGGGCCAAAGGGAGGUCUGCCUAGCAUUGUGGCAUCCAAGACCCUUUCCCCUGGUACUGGUUUAGUCUCUCUAGGGAAAAAGGUAACCAUGAGCCUCUGUUAUGUGUCCCAUAAGUGACAAGAGACUGCAUUCCCCAAAAUACCCCAAAGUGUCUCCUGGGUUCCCCAAACUCUGAGAACAGAACUUCCAUGUUGACAUCCUGAAGAAACCCAUGGAAAUGACUUGUGGAGAGAGACACAGUUGAGAUAAGGCACAGAGUUUCAGUUUGAGGCGCCCCUUCGUCUGUCCUCUGAGUCUCCCAGUGAUGUCAUCAUAGAACAUCAAGCACUGGAUUGAGGUCAGGCUUUUUACAUUAGUGACGUCUGCAAAGUAGUGCAGGUGGCAGAGACAAGGAGAGAGUGUGUAAGAUCCGAUUAUUUGGGUAGUGUCAUUCGUUCUGCUUGGGUUUGAGGUGCAGAGAAUGUUGGCAGCUCUUGAGGUCUUCAUUUGCCCAUUCUGGGUACCUUGUCAUUCAGGAGCUUAGAUGUUCAUGCUGCACCUGCUAAGUUGGUAGCUUUUGGUCACUGGUGAUUAUCACAUCAGAAAACAUAUGAAUGUGUCUCAACUUUUUUUUUGUUAUAAUCAUAAUGUAGAGCAUCAGCAAGAUUUAGAGCACAGGUAGAGGUCAGGGAUGUUGAUUGAUGUCACAUAACAUACAGGACAGCCCUUAAAAGAAUAAUGAGCUAGUGCUCAGUGUCACAACUCUGUUACAGGUAUAUCUUCUUUCCGCACUUGUGAGCAGAUUCAUCGGUUCUGUUAUACACCAUAGCUUCAGGUACAGUAUUUAUUAUGGCUAUAGACCCUAGGACUGGUAAGUAUUGUACGUGUGCUGUACCCCUGAGCUGUAUAUCUCAUGUACAUAUAAUAGUGUACCGAAGUGAGAGUAUGUUAGAGAGUUUAUCCUGUAUUUUACUUGUUUCGUUUAAUAUUAUUUUCCAGAUUUAUUCACAUUUCUGUACAUAUAUCUCCUGAGAGGGUCUCCACUGUUUGUCUCCAGAACAUCUUCGUUGGCUUUCCACAGUCAAGGGAAAGCAGGUUUGUCUAGGUCUGUCACUGGUGUAAAUGCCACGAAGCGCAUUCUUUUGCUGCCCUAGAAGCAGAUUUGAGAAAAUGCCAUAGAUACUCAGAGCUUCCAUUUAAAUCUUAAUGUAUGCUAUCCACACUGUCACCACCAGGGGGCAAUAGGUCCUACUUCUAAUGGCCAACCCGUAUUAGGCUUUUUCUAAUUCAAUGUUUCAUGGAUUUAUAGAGAAAUUUAAUUAUAUCUUUUCACAGUCUUCUCUUAUGUAUCCAUCUUAUACACUUUUUUCAUUUCCUAUGUAAGCCCUUCCAUGCUUAUAUCCUCAUUUUUUUUUUUUUUAUCGGUACCGGGGAUUGAACUCACGACCGCCUGCUUCCAAGGCAGGUGCUUAUGCCGCAGAGCUAAAUCCCCAGCCCCUAUCCUCAUAUUUGUGAUGCAGAAUUAUUUUGAUAAAAUCUUGGUUUUGUUCUAGGUAUUCUUUGUCACUUGAAGAGAAUCAACAUUCCUUCUCUUAACUAUCCCAGCUACAUGUUAAUUUUAUGAAGUAUUUUCCUUUUCUGAGCAGAAAUCGUGUUGGUUUUUGUAUAUUCAAAAUCACUGUAACAUUUGUGGUUUUGAAAUUUUCUUUCUGAAGAUUUCUUCACUCCUGGCUUUUGUGUUAUAUCAAUUUUGGGAGACAGGAUCUCACUAUACUUCAGCCUGGCCUCGACCUCAUGGCAGUCCACCUGCCUCAGCCCCUGAAUGUUGGGAUUGUAGGUGUGCAACGCCAUACUUGGCCUAGAUUUUCUUCAGUAGUGCUUUUUUCCAUAUUUUAUUUUGACAUUUUAUAUAAUUUUUAAAUCUACCUAAAGUGCACAUUUCAGUGUUUGUGAUGCAAAAAUCAGAUAUACUUUGCAUAUAAAAUGAGCAAUUUACCACCAUAAAGGAGUGAUGAAUCACAUUUUAUACUUAUACUGUCAGCUUUAUCAAAUCUCAGUUUGGUUAAAGCAAAUGUAUUUCUUGGUAUUUUUUAUACAUUUUGUGACUCUACACGUUGGUUGAGUUCCAGUUUAAGUGACUAACUGUAUAGCAUAUGCCAGGUAGUGGGAAAGGGUUAACUCUCCUCUACUUUUUUUUUGGUACUAAGAAUCAAAUUCAGGACCUUGUGCUUGCCAAACAGGUGCUGUGCCACCAAGCUAUAUCCCCAGCCUUACUUUUUAAUUGAAGGUUUGAUAAGUGUAACACUGUCUUGUUUUUCAGAAGUAGUUUCAAUAGAUGCUUGUUAAAUUUAGAAUUUCUUUUACUGGUGUAGUGAAUUGGUUACUAGAGGUCAACUUAAACACCUUAAACACUAGCUGAACUGAAUCAGCAUGGUGCUGAGUGUGGAUGCCCUGCUGAGGACUGUUGCCAGCAUACAAAGGAGACCUGGCGAGGAAGAGAGUGUUGUGGGUCCUCCUAAGUGUUGCUGUUGUUUGGAGCCGUUGGUGCUCCUGGAGGAGCUUGUUAUGCUGGCUCCUCUGAUAUGAACUCUGCUGUUAUCAUCGGAGGAGUUCAAACCUUGUUGAGAAUGGUGCGGUUCACUUUGAGGGAGUUUUGGUCCUUACUAUGAGCAUCACUCCCUGACUCCAAAGGGGAAGAUGAGUGCUGUUGGAGAACCUGUCACACUGGAUUCUUGAUAUGUACUCGGCUGUUCACAUUGUUGGAGGAGCUUGGAACCUCAUUGUUGCUGAGAAUGGCUGUGGUACUUUUCAGGGGAGAUCUGGUCCUUAUUUUGAGCAUUGCUUCUUGGCCUCACUACAAAACCCUCAACCUACUGGCACAGAUCCUUCAUCCUGCUAGCACAGUCUUUCUAGCUUCCACCACUAACAUUCGGGCCUUCCCAGCACAGGUCAGUGAAAUAGACCCGCAUGAGGCAUUGUCCUGGGCUCUAGGUUCUCAGCUGAACUCAAGCAGGUUACUGCCAUGAGAUCCAAUUUAUUUUAUUCUCCACAGUCUGCCUAAUUUAUAACUUCAUACAUUCCUGAAAAUUUUUCCACCAUCUAAAAUUUAAUAACUUAAAAUUAAGUUACACUUUUAAUUUCUUUAUAAUAUCCCGUUUUACAAAGGUGCAGUGGUAUAAUCUGUACUGCCAACAAAAAGAGGCCAAUACAUGAAGAUCAAGAGUUGAUCUUCAGCAUGAGUCACAGAAGUGAGAUCCUUCUCAGAGCUCCUCCUCCAUUAUCCUCAUAUUUGUUCUCAUUUUCAUGUAUUUUGUUGGUUGGUUUUUUUGAGACAGGGUCUCCCUAUGGAGUGCAAGCUGGCCUUGCUUGUGGUGAGUCUCCUGCCUCAGCCUCCCAAGUGCUGGGAUUACAGGCAUGCACCAAUACACCGGGCUUCUUUUCUAAUAUAUUGAUCCCUGUUUCAUAAAUUGUUGUGCUUUUGAUCAAAUAUCUUGCUAAAUAUAUUUCAUAAAAGAUAUAUAUGUAACUGAAAGUAGGUAUUUCCCAUUCAUUGACAUUAUAUCCUAGAAUACUUACUUAAAUCUCUGUAUUUGUAAAUUUAUUUCAUGAAUUUCUAUUGAAACUUUUGUUGUUGUUUUGUUUUCUUUUGUUUUUUGAGACAGCCUGUCACUGUAUUUCAGGCUAGUCUUGAGCUCACUCUGUGGCCCCAGGCUGGCCUUAAACUCAUUGCAAUCCUCCUGCCUCAGCCACCUGAGUGCUGGGAUUACAGGUGUGCACCACCACACCUGGCUUGAACUUUAUUUCAUAAUGUAUUUUUCAGCUAGCCGUGGUAACUCGUACUUGAAAUCUCAGCACUUGCGACGAAGAUGCAGGAGGAUCAGUACAAGUCUGAGAGUCAGCUUGGGUUACCUAGUAGGUUCAAGACCAGCCUGAACUACAGAAUGAGACCCUGUCUAAAUAAUGAAAAGCAUGUAUUUUCAUGUCAAAACCACUUGAGUGAACUGAUAAUAUAGUUAAGUGUGACUGAGGUCCAGUAUUCCAUCUCUCCAGGGAGAAAUGAAAACAGAUUGGAACUGUGAAGCUAUUCCUGCUUUAUUAUUUGUAGUAGCUAUCUAUUACAGUUUACAUAAUAUUUAUACUUUAUAAUUGAAGGAAAAUUUCUUGUGUCCUACAGAAUUUUUGUGAAUUUCUAAUUUGGGGAAAAUCAUUUCUUGUUUUAUACACUGUGUAAGUAUAUCUAAUAUCUAUUAUCCGAAUAUGGCAAAGUACAUAAGAACUAACAGUUUUUAACAAUGUUUCUGACAGGUAGUAAAUUCGCCACCAAAACCAUCUACAUAGGUAUAUUGAUUGAGGUUGGUCUAUUUCUAUCUGAAUGAAGAUGUGCUAUUUACUACUUGAAUUUCAGGGAAAUUUUGUAAGAUAUUUGCAAUUUUUCUGCUAGUUUCAUACCAAUACAAUCUCCUGCUAAAUUGCUAUUUUGACCUUUAAAUUGUUAUCCCCUUGCUUUAGUCUCCCAAAGAGCUAAGUUUUCAAGUGCAUAGCAUUGUUCCCAUCUCCAUUUUUAAUUCAGUAGGAAAUAAGAUAUCUGCUAAAUAUAUAGAAAUAAGAUAAGAAUGCUAAAUAUAUAGAUUAAAAAUAAAUACAUUACAGUAAUCAUUGAAACAAUGCCUAAAUCAAAUAUGUUUCCUAGAACAUGCUCACUGUGACAAGUUUACACCCUGAUCACCCAUGUCUGUUUGCAAUGCUCCCAGUGAUGCCUUUUCUGGCACUGUUACCAAAACCCAGUGAGUUGUUCAAUUUUGGCUUAAGAACUUAAUAUAAUGGUCUCAGUUUUAGCUUUCACUACAGUGAAUGUUAAGGCUAUUAAACAGUAUAGAUGAGAAAAAAGACAAUGUAAUGCCCAACAAGUUGGCCAAUAACAUAAAGUUACUAUUUGGUCUGUGUCACAACUUAAAUUUCGACAUUGUGUUUUCAUUCUGUUUUGGAUCUCAGCAUAUAUAAUAGCCAUGUUUGUUGAGAAAUAUUGACCCUUGUCUCAGGUUAUUUGCAGAGGGGAGGAAUCUUUGCUUUCCUGUGGCAGCUCCAGCCAGUUCUCUUCCUGUCUCUAGCAUUAUGCUCAGUGUCGUUAUCAAUGGGCCUGUUGAGCCUCCUUUUCUUUAUCACUUGUGUGUCCUGGACUCACCGGGUGUUCUUGUUCUUUACCAUUUGCUACAUGCACUUCCAGUUCAUUGUUAUGGGCCUGUCUGUUGGCCUGGAUAUGUGUUACUGUGUGCACAUUGGCCUCUGCACUAGUGUCUGACUUAUGGCUUUAUCCAGGAAUGUGUUCAGUUAUGGCAAUUAUGGUGACAAUACUAGAUUUCUGUGUUGCCUUUGGUGAGUCUAAUGUUAUCCAAGAUUUUCUCUGCCCCAUUUUCCUUCAUGAGGGUGCCCUGUACAGAGGAGAAAUUCUACUCGUCAGGUGUGUGAUCACAUGAGAUGUGUAUCCUCGCUGUCCUCUCUCUGACUUCAUUUUGUCUGCUGUCUUCAGGGCCUCCUCUGCUGAGGGAUGGCAGAUCGCCGUAACCUCACGGUGUUGGGCCAGCUCUGGCCUUUCCUAGGGCAGUUAUUUCCAGCCCAGAUUCUAAAGUAUCUCUGAGGACACUCUGCAGGGUCUGACACAGAAGUUCAACAGUUCUGCCACUUCUGUUCCGAGGGACAAGACAACAGGAAGUCCUGUCCUCGCACUCUCACCUGGUGCGGAGGCGCUGGGUGUAAACAGAUGCACGCUGACCUCCGAGUUUCUUCCUUUUCUUCUCUCCAUCUGUCUUCUUUACUGCUCAUUCUCCCUGCCUACCGCGUUGCUUUUUCUUUUUAUUUCCCCUUCCCAUCUCUGCUUUGUUUCCUUCCUCUGUCCCUUCCCUUUUUCCCCUUUAUAGCUCCUUGCUUCCAUUUGUGGCUCUCAUGCCUCUUCUUUUUUCAUUGGCUCCUUCUCAAACUCUCCCUCUUUCCUGCCUUUCUUCCUACAUGUGUUAGUAUUAGCUGCGCUACAAAUAGUUCUCUACAGUCUUUGUAUAUUCUUUAAAUAAAAAUUGCCUUUUAUGCCACCUUUGCUUACUUCCUGAUUUAUUCACUUUAAAAAGUAUAUUUUAAACCAAGUUCCUUUAGAGUAUUUUAUUUAGCUCCUAAAGUAACCUAGCCUCCUUAUGUCUCAUAUUUCCCCAAGCCAUGUGAACUGCUACACUACUGUGUAAGUGGAUAAUUCAGCACUAUUUCUGUGUCUGUGUGUUAUAUUCCGAGAGCAUUCACAAAUUUUGACAAACCAUACAGUUCAGAUGUGCCAUACAGUUCAGAAAAAUGCCUAUAAGUGCUUAAUUUUGUAUUUCAAGUCCUAAAUGUGCAAUGUUUCACACAAUUGUAUAAUUUAAUAAAAUACUCAAUUAAUAAAGUGUUAGGGACCAGAGAUUUAGCUCAGUGGUACAGCACCUGCCUGGCAAAUGUGAGAUCCUGAAUUCAAUUCCUAGUACCAAUAAAUAAAUAAAUAAUAGUGUUGUCAGGUGCGGGGCAUUUGGGUGGCAUCCUAGGGUACUGAGGGCUUUAAGAACAAAGCCGAGGAUACUACAGACCACUACAUGUGGUAGAGCACCCAUUUAUGAUGCGGAAAUCCUGCUGUAUCUGCCCGAGAUGGGUUGCAAGGCAACAGCCACUCAGCAGCAAGAACUAAAUAAUGCUCUUGGACUGGCUGCCUGCAAACCUCCCACCAAAAGACAGUUGCGGACGAUAUCUGUGGUUUCUGCCAAGUUGCAGGAUUCCUGAGAGCAAUUAUUGGUUAAAUUCUAAGGAAAAAUCUGUGAACUGAGGCCAUGAACUCUAAAUUGCAAUUUUGCAGGGUUAUAUGACACCCUGGGACUAUUUGGAAACUCAUCACUGGGCCUCAGGCUCUGGCUGAGAGGAUGCGAGUGACUAAAAUCUACCUCACUCAACCUCUGUUGGCCUAUGGAUGGCCACUCUCCCACUUUGGGGACUCUUCCUAAUUUACCAUUGUGACUUUUUCUAAAUUGUAUUCUUUCAGUUUCCACCCUUGGAAUUUUCAGUAAAUGAUAAUUCUAGAAAUUGACCAGAGAAAUAUUUUCACGGAGUUUUUGUUCUUGUUGCUUUUCCAUCUCACUGUUGUUCACAAGUCCUGGUAUGUGAAUCGAGGGCAAAGUGCUUUCUCAUCCAUUCUGCUGCCAUGUGGUUUGGAAUUUUUCAAGUUCUUGAAAAGACUCACACAUAUCUCUAGGAAUAAUAACACAUAUUCUCUCUAAGCAGUGGAAAGGAGUCAGUGGUCUGCAGAUUUUGGUAAACUCAAAAGAAAACAGUGAGUGUAUAUAAAUUUAUUGUCCAUGUUGCAAUAAGUCUGCUUCCUUAUUGUGUUCUUCCAGUCUUUCAUUUUUCUUUAAUGAUUUUCUCUAAAAAGAUUUGGUUCUUGUUUUCUAUUUGGUGUUUUCUCUUGGGUUAUAUAUGUUAACAGUCAUUUUUUCAAAUUUGUAUUCAUUGAUUUUUACUCCUGCUACAAAAUUUUUGUACUGUGUAAACAGCAAAUAUUUUCUUCUUGUCUUCAGUAUUUCCCAUGAUUUUGAUAUAUUUCAGUUCUUCAAAUUCUGACUAUUAGUUGAUUGUCUUCUGAGGAAACACUUUUUUUUUUUUUUUUUUUUUUUUGUCUUUUUUUGAGACGGGGUCUCGCUAUGCAGUUCAGGCUGGCCUUGAGCUCACUUUGUAGCCCAGGGUGGUCUCGAACUCACAACGAUCCUCCCACCUCAGCCUCCUGAGUGCUGGGAUUACAGGCGUGAGCCACCACACUGGCUGGAAACACUUUUUUCACAUCUAAAAGUUUUUCACAAUGAAUUCUCAAGGCAUUCAAGUUUAUCUUUCCUAUCUCAGUAUGUAAUUCAAUUAUCUUCCAUGGAAGAGUAUACAAUCUGGGUGUACAGGUAUGUACCUAUUACUCCCUGAAUGUAGUUAAAACUGACUGUGAUUUCCUCCAGAGGCAUACAGCAGCAAGUCUAUCAGUGAAUCAAUAUUCUGUAUAUGUGCAGAAACAUUGAAGACUUUCUUGAGAGCUAAUUGUCAUUCUAUCUAGUAAUAAUAGUCUUAUGAAAGAUGGAAUUUGGAUACUUUUUAUGUAUGUUAGGUAGUCUAGCUUAAAAAGUAUUGCUUAAAAGGUAUUGAAGAUGUUAAUGUGGGGGGAACACACUGGGGGUAAGAGGUACCAGGAAUUGAAGUCAGGAACUUGCACUUGCCAGGCAGCCACUUGUGCUGCUGCUGAGCUAUAUCCCUGGCCCCAAGAUGUUAAAUUUUUAUCAUAUAGUACUGCUAUAAAUUUUUUUAACAAAUCAAAGGUGCCAUUUCUGACAGUUUUUUUAAGUUACCGUUUUGGGGUGCCAUUGGAGGCUAGAUCUCACUUUGUAUUUCAAACUAUCCUUGAAUUUACUGUUCAGCCAGCGGAGUACUCUAAUUCCAUGGUGAUCUGCACUGGCUUUCUGAGUGCUGUGAUUACACACAUGUACCACCACACCUGGCUGCAAUUUUCCUUUUGUGCAUAAUUACUUUUUGAUUAUUGGAUUUUCAAUGCACAUAAUAUAUUUUAUUCAUCUCUUUCCCUUAUUGCUCUCCCAUAACCCCUAGAGUUUCUAACUUCUGAAUGCAAGGUGACUAUUGUGUGACACUGAACUGUGAGGUAAAAUACCACCUUUUCCCUAUUUUCUAUGCUCAUAGACUUGUUCCAAAUAAAACUUUUUCCAUUAGCAUUUUAAUUACUACUCAUAAAUCUUAUUUGAUGUUCAACUUUUUUUAUGAAACCAAAUUCAAGUUUCUAAGUGUAACCGGGAAAGAAGACUCACUGCCACAAAUAAUAAGAUUUCAAAGAGAGAUUGCCUACUGUCUUUCCAAACAUCCAUCAGAUACUCACUGCCUCGGGGUCUGUGGGGCCUGCCAUAGAGCAGUGCUCAGGGACCCUUGCAGUGGCCCCGCAGAAGAACCAGUGCUCCUGUUCUGCUGUUGCUUUAGCAAUGAGUGGCAAUCCAGUAUCAGAAUUGCUUUUUGAAAAAGUAUGCAUACGCAUGCAUUUGAUGACAAACCCAUGAAGUUUGUAUUUGAAGGAUACAGGUUUUUGUUUAAUUUUUUUUUGUGAGACAGUUCAGACUAGCCUUGAGCUCCCUGUGUAGCCCACACUAGUCUCAAACUCAAGGCACUUCUACCUCAGCCUCUUUGAGUGCUGGGAUUACAGAUAUGCACCAUCAAAUUUGUCGUUCAAAUCAAUUUUUAAUGAGAAGAGCCUGUGAGUCUGAACCUUCCUUCAAGAAACCUAUGUGUCAUUAUUUAGGAGCCACUGACCUUGCAGGAUGUGACUGUGAACUUCACCAAGGAAGAGUGGGCUUUGCUGAAUUCAACCCAAAAGCAGCUCUACAGAGAUGUGAUGAGGGAAACUUUUAGAAGCAUGGCUGUUAUAGAAAUGAAGUGGUAGAGAAAUGCUACCCCCUAAAUAUGGCCACCAUAGCUCACACUGGAGUGAAGACAUAUGAGUAUUUGGGAUCAAAAGAGAAACUGUGUAAGUGUAAUGGACAUGGAAGAACCUGCAGUGAUUUCCACUUCUUUCAGAAGGACGCAAGAACAAAGACUGGAGAGAAACCCUAUGAAUAUGAUCAGUGUGGGAACUCCAACCUUAAUUUUAGUGAGAGAACUCGCCUUAGAGAGAAGAUCUUUAUAUAUAAGGAAAACUUGAAAGCCUUCAGCACACCCAGUGAUGUUCAGAUCCAUGGAAGAAAUCACAGUGGAGAGAACUCUUAUGUAUGUAAGCAAUGUGGGAAAACUUUUAGCACACAAGGUCAUUGUAAAACACAUGAAAGAAUUCACACUGGGGAGAAACCUUAUGUAUGUAAGCAGUGUGGAAAAGCUUUUAAUACACAUAGUGACUGUCAAAAACAUGAAAGAAUUCACUCUGGGGAAAAACCUUAUACAUGUAAGCAGUGUGGGAAGGCUUUUAGAAGGCACGAUAAUUACAAAACACAUGAAAAAACUCACACUGGGGAGAAACCCUAUGUAUGUAAGCAAUGUGGGAAAGCUUUUAGUACACAACAGUAUUGUAAAAUACAUGAAAGAAUUCACACUGGGGAGAAACCUUACGUAUGUAAGCAAUGCAGAAAAGCUUUUAGCACAAAUAGUGAUUGUCAAAAACAUCAAAGAAUUCACACUGCAGAAAAACCUUAUACAUGUAAGCCGUGUGGGAAGGCUUUUAGAAGACACGAUCAUUGUAAAAUACAUGAAAGAACUCACACUGGGGAGAAACCCUAUGUAUGUAAGCAAUGUGGGAAAGCUUUUAGUACCCAAGGUCAGUGUAAAAUACAUGAAAGAAUUCACACUGGGGAGAAACCCUAUGUAUGUAAGCAAUGCGGGAAAGCUUUUAGUACACAGGGUUAUUGUAAAUUUCAUGAAAAAAUCCACAUGAGAGAAACCUUAUGUGUGUAAGCAAUGUGAGAAAGGUUCUAGUAAACAAGAGUAUUGUUUGUACAAUACAGGACAAAUUUCACACUGGGAGAAAACCUAUGUAUGGAAGUAGUGUGGGAAAGCUUUUAGUACUUUCAUGUAAAAUAAAUGAAAGAAUUCACAAAAGGGAAAAACCUUGUACGUAUGCAGUGUGAAAAGCUUUUAGUACACAAUAUUUUUUUUUUUAGUACACAACAUUAUUGUAAAAUAUAUGAAAGAAUUUAUACUGGGAAGAAGCCCUAUGUAUUUAAGUAAUGUGUAAAAGCUUUUAGUACACAAGGUUCCUAUAAGAUACAUGGAAAAACUCACACUUGGCAUUAAUUCUGUAUAUUUAAACAAUACAGGAAAACUUUCAGCAUUCAUGGUAUUUGCCAAAGCUAUAAAGACCUCACAAAGGAGAGAAACCAUAUUAUGUAAGCAGUAUGGGAAUGUACACACAUAUAUUAUCAGAUACAUUACAGAGCUGAUCUGGAAUGCAUAGUUAAGUUUGAGGCUAGCUUUUAUAUAUACUAAGACCUGUCUCAGGAAAAAAAAAAAAAACUACAUGACAGAAGUCUCACUGGGAAGUAAUUUUAUAUGUGGAAGUCUAUUUUGAAAAUGCUGUGAAAAAAGUCUUGAUGUCAAUAUUUCUCCAUAAAAUUUCCAGUAAAUACAUACUGGAUAUUUUAUAGAUAUUUAUAAAUAUCUGGAUUAUAUAUUUGCAGUGUUCAAUGUAAAAUACUGAGUUGACAUAAUUAGGUAUUCUGUGUGUCUUUGAGCUUAAUAGAUGUGUUUUAUAAUUAAGCAUAGUGAAUUUAAAUGUGCUUUUUAUUUUCCAGUAGAAUUAGUAUUUACAAAGUUUUUGUUUAGCCUUUAAAUUGGGAGAUAUAUUGCUCUCUUCAGCAGCAUGUAUACAAUUGGGAGGCAUAGCCACUAAAAAAAUGUUGUUAAUGCUAUUUGUAAAUUGUUAGCUUUUCCCAUUACCUUUGUUUUAAAUUUUUGAUGUGUAUACUUUAUAUUCCGUGUAACAAAAGAUAUUUUUAAUUGCAUAUUAUAUAUCAAGAUAUAUAUUUUGAGAGACUUAUGAACAUGUUUUUGAUAAAGUUGAUGUUUUCACACAA